AUGGCUGUGAUUGGAACUGAAUUGCAAAUCAUUUGUAAAUUCAUACUACAAGAGCAGCAACAGCAACAGUUUGAAUCAGCUAAGGAUGUAUUUGAUAUAUUGGAGAAGUGUUUUGCAGAGAUGCUCUAUUUAAGCCUCUCUUGUCUCCCGAGGGCCAUACUGAAGGAUAUUGAUGAAGAUGAUCCAACUGAAAUAGGUGAAGGAAGAGUGAAAAAAGCCUGGAAGUUCCUUUGUAAACUUGAGCUGUUAGAGGACACAAUUGAAUGGUCAUGGCCAGAGAGAUUUGAACCUGAAAGUCGAGCAAAUGUUGUCCACUUUGACUCUUCUCCUGUAGUUGCUCUUGAUUGUGGUUAUUCAGAAGUUGAAGCUAAUGUCUCAAAUGUCAUUGAUGGUGAGGUUUGCGAUAGUGAUGUUUCCUUUGCUGCUACUGCUUGUGCUGUAGAAGAAGAUGAUGAUGAUGAAAUUAAAGAAAUUGGGUCCGAUGAGAUUGUUUGAAUGACAAUAUUAUGCGAAGGUAAAAGGGAAAGGAGUCGAGCAAGGCCUCAGAUAUGCAGCGGAUUAAAGCAUGAAGCAUAGAGAACUCUGGAAUGACUGCUAAACUUCAACAAUGGAUUAAGGGGAAUUCCAACAGUAUAAAGAAAUUAGAAAGAACAAUUAGUAGGAGAAACAAUAUCUGUACCGUUAGCAGUAAGCUUAUCAAAAAAAAAACUCUGUACCGUUAGAACUACCUGGCCA